AUGGGAGACUUCCCGGGAACGGUCGACGCGGAACCUGCGCCGGAAGCGUUCCAGGGAUUCUCGCCGUCACCCAGUCUUCACCAGGAACAGCCAGCUGUCAGUGACAGGGCUGUGUCGUCGGUACAACAUCGUCGAGAACUUCAGCAGAAGCGAUCCUCUCUUCCCCCUCAACCACACGGCACCGCUCGCCACGCCAAACGUCUGACUCUCAAUUUCCCCAUCAAUAUUGUCCCCGGCUCGGAUUUGGAUCCUAAUAUCGCAUCUCCUGGAUCUAUGACCCCUGUAACCUUUUCUUCCGCCCGUCCAUCGCCCGCUGCCGCCACCGGGACCCCGGUCAUCUUCGACGGUGAAGACGACGGCUCGAGCCUUCUAACCGCCAUUGCGUCGCAAGAACGAAAAGUGCUGGAGCUUCGCGAAGAGCUGCAACGAGCCGAGGCGGAGCUGGAUACCCUGAAGAAGCAAUGGGCCUCAUCAGAAACAACCAAGAAGCGGACGGAGAUCAACCAUCGAGCGGAGCCUCUGGUACCUCUCCGCUCUUCCGAGGAGAUUGCCAGGGACGAGCCGAGCCAGCAUCGCAGAGAACGCAGUGCAGGCACAGCAGAGGGCCCUGCCACCGUGCAGGCUCGACUGAGCCGUGAUCUGGAGCGCCGUCAAAGCCUGCGGGUGGCUGUGCAUGCCGGCACUUCGAUCUCUGCCAACGGUCGGCGCGUUUUCCAGGGUUCUCAUGCCCGGACCCUCUCACUUCUCUCGCCGGCUUCCAGCUCCGGUCAGCCAGGCUCUGAUGCGGAUGGUAGUCGUGCGACCAGGACCCCGCGGUCGGCGACUUUGCCUUCUGUCGAACGCAGCACUGCGCUGGAGAACGUCAACCAGUCGUCGGAAGAUGUGAUCUCGCAGUGGCGCAGGACAAUGCCGCCUCCGUCGCGGGAGGCCCUCGUGCGCACGGGCAAGCAGAUGGCUUCGGAUCUGAGAGAAGGCUUGUGGACGUUCCUGGAGGACAUUCGACAGGCCACCGUGGGCGAAGAAGGAAUCAGUGCAACCCAGUCGAGAGGCGUACCGCCGCCGCGGAACCGGGAUUCCAGCUCCACGUCUCGAAGCAGAGACCGAUUGUCGGUGCAUGGAGGUAAAUUGUCACGGUCGCCGUCGUCCACGCGAGGCAGGGCUGGGGAGACGAAACUUUCUACUGGUAAAGACACUAAAUCGGCGGACAUAGAUGUGUCAUUCUGGAGUGAAUUCGGCAUUGAUACACCUGGGCAGAAGUCCGUGAAACAAACUCGCGGAGCCUCAAAUACCCCACACGGGGCGACCGAACAAGAAAGAUCGAACGACAAUCUCGACGUUGAAGACAACUGGGAGGACUGGGAUACUCCUCAGCCGAAGAAGAUGCACACCCCGUCUUCGAGCCGCUCCACGCUCGAGUCCAAGCACGACCAGUCUCCGAUGACCCAGACCAGUAGCCCUCGUACAAGCGGCAGUUUUGGCGACUGGCGCGCCACCCAUGAUGAUUUUAUCCCCGAUCCCAGUGUUUCCGACGGUAUCCCCUGGCCUGCCAUCACCAAGUUCGCUCCUUCGAAACUGACGCGCACGGCGUCGAACCUGAUGGACGAAUGGGAACGCAGUCUCUCGCCCUCUCCUGACAGAACGGGCCAAACGAGUCACUCGCCCCUCGGCAAGGACGAUAAGAAGGAAUGA